AUGCGGCUAAUGCCUCAGCUACACUCGGGAAUCGAAUCACCAUCUUCAUCAUUCUCUCAUCAGCAGCAGCAGCAAUCAUUGCAACAACACAACAGCAACAUUCUUCACACCAAUUAUCCUCCUCCUCAUCCUCGUCGUCAUCGUCCCAACAGCAUCAGCAGCAAAAAACAUGCGCAUGCCGCUUCAACUGGUAAUUUAGAGAAUUCAACAAAAUUAAGCGCUAUGGGCGCUAUGCAAUCCAGCUCGUCUAGUUCCAAUUAUAAAGAACAACAGAAGGUUAAUCUUAGACCUACCCGUACCGCAUCUAUGGAUGCCGAAAUCGAGAGACGUUCAUCGUUGCAAUUAUUGGAUCAUAGUAAACGUGACGACGAAGACGAAAGAUCUCUGCGGCGCAGUACUAUGGCAGCUUCACACUCUUCAGUAGCUGUUGCCUCAUCGGGCAGUGGCAGUCAUAUGCUAGCUACUAGCAGCAGUAUGGGCAAUGUUUACAAUGGCAAUACACAUGCCAACAGAGACUUUAUAAAUCAUGAGUCCCUAACAACUGCAGCUCACUCGCCCACUUCGUCCAAUGCGAAUCAUAAAAAUAUGGGUAGUAGUGGCGGUGGCGGCGGCAGUAGCAGUGGUGUAAUGGGCAAUCGUAUUAUAACCAACACCAAUAGUCCCUGUCUAAAUAAUUUCCUCUUUCCCAUACUCUCUGAUAUACAACGUAAAUAUAGCAGUAAUUCCAGUAAAAAUAUGAAUGUUUUGGACAUAGCCGAUUUAAAAUCGGUAUUUGAAUUGGCCGAACGCAGUCGUCCUGGCGUAAGUGAUCUGUUUCUCAAAGAAAUUAUACACAAACUAGUACCAGGUUAUUCGGAAACACGUAUUAAUAAUAUUAUGGAUAGAGCAAUUAGAAACAAAAAGUAAUUUCAAAGCCUCAACGUCUACUGUCUCUAGAGCUUGUUGUGGAUUUUAUGUUAUUCCUUCUUUACGUUUUUUUUUUUUAUAAAUAUAUAUAUAAAUAAUAUUUUUUCCUGUUAGUUUUUCACCCCUGUUAUGUUAAAUUAUAUUAAAAAAAAAGAACCCAAAACUUUCCUAA